AUGGAUUUGGAAGCAGAAGAAAUCGAAGUAGAGAAAAAAGAUGGAACAACGCAAAAACCAGUAAUCAAUCAUGAAUCAGAAAAUAUAAUAAAAGACUUAAUGGAAAACCUUCAAGAAGAUCUAGAU